UCGACCGCGCCGCGCGUCUCCACACACAAUACCAAAGUAAUUGUAUUUAUUUUAUCAGUAAAAUACGCGCGCGAAAACUUGUCUUUAACUACAAAUCUCAUAAUAGACGCGACCAAUUCACUUCUAUAUCCAAAGUCUUAUGUAUCACAAGGUAGUUUAUUGGUAAAUACGUUAAUUUGUGAUGUGAAAACUGUUUUACCUGACCGCGUUGCCGGGAGCACUACUGAAAUACACUGAAAUAACAAAUCAAAUCAUGGGUACCUGGUUUAGCUACAUGUGGUGGGGUGGUGAUCCGGACGUCGUGAACCCGGUCUCCGGGCUCACGAGGAGAGAGAUACACGCAGUUCAAAAAUCAUGGGCCCCCGUCAACGCCAACUCUUUUGCAACCGGCAGUGAACUAUUGAGAAGACUAUUCAACACGUAUCCUGACACCAAAGAAUAUUUCAAAAUGGUCCGGAAGCUUCCCGAGGAGGAGUACUCGCAGAACCCGCAGUUCAAGGCGCACGUCAUCAAUUUAAUGACGUCAUUGAAUUUGGCCGUCAACAAUCUGAAUCAACCUGAGAUAGUUGCUGCCAUGAUGACUAAACUUGGUGAAUCUCACAGGAAGCGACAGAUCAAGGAGAAGAAUUUUCAUGAGCUAAAAGAAGUUAUAGUGAAACUGUUCAUAGAUGUACUACGUUUGGACGACGCCACACUGUCAGCGUGGGGGAAGACUGUCGAAUUCUGGUACAAGCAUAUAUUUGUCACAUUGAAUAGCCCGGAAGAGACAAGAUAACAGAUACAUACAAACGAUAUAAUGUAAUGAUUAAGGAUGAAUAGAGUUGAAUUCGUGUGUAUAGAAUUAGAGGUCAAAUUCCAUUCAAAGGCUAUUCCGAUUGGACAUUCAAAUUUCACAAUGGAUUUUAUGCUGUAUGAGUAUCUGUUUUGGAACUUAGAGCAAAUUUAACGCUCUAAAAUUUUUUAAGGAACUUCUUAAAUAACCUACUUAUAGGUAUAUAUUUUUAAUUUUUCGUCAUUUUACACAUAAUAUGUAUUUGUUUAGUUUAAGCAAUACUUUUAUAUAUGAGAAACAUAUUUGUUUCUAUAAUUUGUUUUAAUAAUUCUUACUUCGUGCUAUUAGAUUAGGUACGAUUUUCAAGUGCUAUUUUUGUAUCAACCCUAAUCUUACAAUCUUUACAUUCAUUACAUUAUUGUUGUAUUCAAUUAUUAUAUAAACAAUGUUAAAUAUGUUUAUAGGCCUCAAAAUAAAGAAAUUAGUUUAAAAGUGUUUACCAAAAAUUUAUAAUAAUUUUAUUGAUAUUUUAUGUAAUAUUUUUAUGAGCAUACUUUUAGUGUAUGUUAAUUAGAACAUAGCAUUUGUA